CUUCAGCAUAUACGCAGCAGCAGAGCAGAGGAAGAAAGGGAUUCCCGGCUUGUUUUUGAGGAAGGAGCUUCGCAUCUAGGGUUUGAGAGAGAGAGAGAGAGAGAGAGAGAUGGCUGAGAAGGGAUUGUCGCAGAAAGAGGCGGAUAUACAGAUGAUGCUCGCGGCGGACGUGCAUCUGGGCACCAAGAACUGCGAUUUCCAGAUGGAUCGCUACGUCUUCAAAAGAAGAACCGAUGGUAUCUUUAUCAUAAACCUUGGUAAAACAUGGGAGAAACUUCAACUUGCUGCUCGAGUUAUUGUUGCCAUUGAAAACCCACAAGACAUCAUUGUUCAAUCUGCCAGACCUUAUGGCCAGAGAGCUGUUCUGAAAUUUGCACAAUACACUGGCGCUCAUCCAAUUGCGGGGCGACACACACCGGGGACCUUCACAAAUCAGCUUCAGACGUCAUUCAGUGAACCCCGUCUUCUUAUCCUGACUGAUCCCAGAACUGAUCAUCAGCCUAUUAAGGAAGCUGCACUUGGAAACAUUCCAACCAUUGCUUUCUGUGAUACUGAUUCACCUAUGCGGUAUGUCGAUAUUGGAAUUCCUGCCAAUAACAAGGGGAAACACAGCAUCGGUUGUCUUUUCUGGCUGCUAGCAAGGAUGGUUCUGCAGAUGCGUGGCACUAUUCUUCCUGGGCAGAAGUGGGAUGUAAUGGUAGAUUUGUUCUUCUACAGGGAGCCUGAGGAGACCAAGGAACAGGAGGAGGAAGAGCCUGUUGGAGUUCCUGAUUAUACAGCAACUGCACUUGGGCUAUCCGGCGAUCAAUGGCCCAGCCAGAUCAGUGAUACGCAGUGGGUUCCAGACGUGGUUGCACCUCCCUCUAUUCCUGCAGUGCCUGAGGUUGACUGGACGCCAGCUGCAGUUGUGUCAGGCGAUGGAUGGGACGCGGCUGUGGCACCACCAAUAGUUGCUGCUGGGAUAGAUGUCAUUCCUCCUACCAUUGUGCCUUCAGGCUGGGAGUAGGAGAAAGAGCUUUCUGUAUCCAUGUUGGAUUUUGUAUCCUAAAACUCAACUCAAAAUAGCCUCUCUUUUUCUUUUUCUUUUUCUUUUUUUUUCUUUUUUUUUUUUUAAAUCCUAUAGUAAUUAGUAUAGAUAUGUGAAUUUUUCUUGGGCUCUUGUACAUGGCCCCCUUAUUUUUUU